AUGCAUCUCGCUGUAGUUACUCUCGCCAUUCUUGCUUCGGCGCAUUCCUUCACGAUCCCACUUUUAUUCGGCGGAAUUUCACUUGAUAGGACUAAUGAGGGACACAUUGCUGUUGGAAUCCAGAGAGGAGUUAAUGUGCUGGGAAAUGGCUUUCAGAGAAACACCAACUUUGUGGUAGGAAACGCGACAUUCGGUAUUAACGAUGCUGCUGAUGUGCUCGUUAACGGAAGGAGAAGUGGACCAAGGAGCUCUCUUGGUGUUGGCAAAGACGGAUUCAAGAUCGGUGGAGGGGUGGAGUCGUCGUGGAAGAGAAAACAAAAACGAUUGUGA